UCAAACGUGUAUUGAAUAGCAAAUGGCGGACGACGCCGGUGGUAGAGGAGGAUUUCGUGGUGGGUUUGGUUCUGGCGGCCGUGGGCGUGGUCGAGGCCGCGGUAGGGGUCGUGGUCGAGGCCGGGGUGCACAUGGUGGUAAAGCUGAAGAUAAAGAAUGGGUACCAGUAACAAAGCUUGGGCGCAUGGUAAAAGAUGUGAAGAUCAAGACUCUGGAAGAAAUUUACCUUUUCUCCCUUUCUAUUAAGGAGUCUGAAAUCAUUGACUUCUUCCUGGAUUCAGCCUUGAAGGAUGAAGUUCUCAAGAUCAUGCCUGUGCAGAAGCAAACCCGUGCUGGCCAGCGCACAAGGUUCAAGGCUUUUGUUGCUAUUGGAGAUUAUAAUGGCCAUGUUGGAUUGGGUGUCAAAUGUUCAAAAGAAGUAGCCACUGCCAUUCGAGGAGCUAUCAUUCUGGCAAAACUAUCUAUCAUUCCUGUACGACGUGGUUAUUGGGGUAACAAAAUUGGAAAACCACACACUGUACCUUGCAAGUCUAUACAGGUGACAGGCCGAUGUGGUUCAAUUUUGGUUCGCCUGAUCCCUGCCCCAUGUGGUACUGGUGUACAGGCAGUCCCUGGGUUACGAACGAGAUCUGUUUCUAAGUCUGUCUUUGUCGAGUUUGUAGCUAAAGCUACCUUGGAUACCAUCUCUGACUUACAGCUAUCUAACCCCAGAUCUUUGGAAAGAGACUGUAUUUACCAAGGCUCCUUACCAGAAGUUCACUGAUCACCUGGCCAAAACUCACACCCAUGUGUCUGUUCAGAGGUCCCAGUCUGCAGUUGUUCAAGCAACAUAAGCAUUUAUGAAAGAACUGAUCUUGUGUUACUGUGUUCUGAUAUGAUGUAAUAGAUUUUGAAUGAAGUAUGUAGGAAGUUAUAAAUUACUUGCCAAAUUAUUUUUAUAUGGCAUGGGUAUACAGGUAAUAUCAAAUGUAGUUGCAUUUUAUAUAAUACCCUUUGGCUCUGUUGGGUGUCAAUCAGGAGUUGUGAAAGGAGUCUCUGUCCUCCCUGUGGAAUGCAAGGGUUUUCUCUGGUUUCCUCCCACAGACCAAGUGAUGAUAAACCUGAUUCAGAUAUGGGUCUUUUUUUCUACUGAGUGGAA